AGAAUGCUCAGCGCAUGUUAAUUUUUACACCUCGUCGGAUCGUUGUUCGCUGUUUGUUCUAGCGACACACACCUUGCUCCUGUGUCUUUCCAGUCUUUUUCUAAUUAACCACUGCUUUCCUUUCAUCCAAGUCUACACACACGGCAAGGGAUUCAGCGCAUAAAAUACAGCAGUUUUUUUCUUUUUACUGUAAUAUAUAUAUUCAAACAUGCAGCCACAUAUAUAUAUAUAUAUAUAGUUGUAGGUUGUGAAAUUGAACAUCAGUCGCUUCAACCCUGUCUACGUAAUUACACAGAAACCUAAUUAUUUAUUCUUUAUUUGGGGAUCUACAAGACAGUUGCAUCUUAAUUAACUGCAGCCUUGUCCCCUAUCCUACCUAACCCCUUCUCCAUUUACAUCACUUGGUUUUAUUAAUAUUACUACUGUUGUUGUUGUUUUCUUCGCUGCUAAUUAUGUGAUUGUUUUUUGGUUUUUUCUUUUACUCCAGUCAACGAAACACAUUUCCAAUUUACGCUGAAAAUGUUGCGUGUAUAAUAAUAAUAAUAAUAAUAAUAAUAAUAAUAAUAAUAAUAAUAGUAAUAAUAAAUAUAAUCGGAGCUGGAGAUUUUCGUCACGCGUAAUGAUGAAUGACGAUAAAUUCGAAGAAACAUCAGAAAGGACAAGUUUGUUCCAGUCGACUAACUGUGUCCGAGAACCGUGGAAGGCGACCAGAUCGCUCUACCAACAGAGAUUGAAACAACUGCACCACCAUCAACAACAACAGCAGCAGCAACAACAACAACAACAACAACAACCGAAUCAUCAACGUCUACUUGAUGAAGACGACGAAGAUGAAGAUGAAGAUGAUGAGGAGCAUGGCUACUGUUGCGCUGACCAGGCAUCGCUGACACAUCAACACCACUCGAAAAUAUUAUUUCACCAACCGAAGCAGUGCAAUGCCUCGCAGAACCACUUUCGCAUUCCUCACCAUAAACUACAACAGACACCGUCUCCGCCGUCGCAUCAGCGGCACUGCAACAUCCCUCUUCUAGCUAAUUCUCCUGGAUUUUAUCGUCAUCAUCAUCAUCAUCACCACAACAACCACCAACAUCAUAGUCACGACGACGGCCACGACCACGACGAUCACCACCACCACCACCACCAGCACUACCACCACCACCACAAUCACAAUCACCUUCUCUCAGACCACCAACAGGUAACGCCAUGUAAUCCAGCUUCCUUGUCCAAGUCUUCCAUCUUUCCCACUGUCCAGCCAACGCUCAAUAAUAAUAACAACAACAACAACAUCAACAACAACAACGGAAACAACAACAGCCUUCCAGCCACCCUCAACCAAGAGCUUUGUGGAGGAAGACUCGGAACUCGCUGCCCCAAGAGCUUCCAUGUCGAUAGCAACGCAUCUUGUUUGUGUUGCAGCUCCUCGGCUGGGUUCCCCCACCAUGCUGCUAUCAUGAAAACCUCCUCGUCUUGCAAACCGCACAUCUAUACAUCGUCUUGCUCUUCCGACUGUCCACAUCUCUCUGCCGUUCCCAAUGACCACAUCAUCCUAACCUGGAAUUUUCAAUACUGUCGAUCGUUCCAAGGAAUUCUUCGGUUAUUGCAAGUGAUAUUUUCUGUGGUGUCACUCGUGUGUUUAACAACGUCUGGAAGACAUGAGGGAGGUUACCUGUCUUUGCCGCUCUGUUGGCAUUUUCGUAUCAUGGUUUUCAUUUUGGUUCUCACUCUGCUCAGCAGUUUUGUUGUCUGGACAUUCCACGCUAUCGGACUUUCCAGUGCAUUCCCCAUCAAUUGGUACUUCCUUGACAUGAUUGCUUACUCCAUAUUCGCAUUUCUCUACCUUGUUGGAGCUUCCCUUGUGGCCAGCGCAUUUGAUUUUUAUGAGAAAAUGCAAGUGGGCGUCACUCACCAAACUAUACAGCAACUGAUUUUAUCAGUGAUAAUUGGUUACAUUUGUUUAUUCUUGUAUGGAACAACAGCUGUGAUUGGUUACCGACAGUGGAGAAUACAACUGAAACAGUACCAACAUAGGAAACUAUUGGAAGAGGACAACUAUGAAGUGUGAUCGAUUUAGAAAGGAAAACUGAUCAUUUCAAAAGGAAGAGGAUGAAUUAUUAUUAUUAUUUCUCAUGUUAGAAAAAUCAACAUUAUUAUUAUAUUAUCACCAAAAAAAUUUGAUUAAUGCCUACAUAAAACAUUCCCAACCCUUCCAAACAGUAUUCCAAGUAGGUUAUUUAUCCUCCAGGAUGCUUUGAAUAGAGUAAUAACUCUGUCAGUUGAUGAGACCUAGCCGAGGCUUCUAGUUGCAGAUUUUUACCAAGUCUAUAUCCUCAACCAUCAGAAAUCCAAUUCUUUAUCAGAUAGACUGUAUGCUAAAGUCUUCAAAAGUACAACCAUACCAUUUGUUCAUUAUCACCUAAAAGCUUCGCUAGAUCAAUUCACUGUACUUGAAUCUUGAAUAUAUAAAACCAUUCUGAGA